CUGUCAUUUCUGUCAAUUUACAGCUGCUUUUGCUUUGACUCCUGCCGAAAAUGCGAACUUAAUUCAAAAUUAAAAUAGGGGUGUUUCCCUACUUGUAUUAAGUGUUCCAAUGUAAUAAUGAAAUUAAUAGCAAAAAGGUCGGAAAAUAAUCCUAUAGGCCAAUUUCUAACAUCACUUUCGGUUUUCGUCUUAGUUUUCAGAACUAAAUUUAAGGUUAUGUAGCUGCUAAGAAAAUAAAUGUAUAUCUUUCGUUUUAACCUUAAGAGAAUAUCCGUAUGGAUACUAAUAUUAUGCCAAUUGUUCCUAAUAAUAAUUUACUUCUAUUCACAAUUGAGACCUAACUCGAAAACCCCCGAAAAUGGCGUAAGAUUCCUAAAAAGUGAGGAUGAUUUAGGAGACACUCAAAUGACAUAUCAUGUACUGAAAAGCAAUAUCAUAUUAAAAACCGUUAAUACCAGACAAAGUUAUAUUGAUUUUAACUCUAGUUUAUGUUUUAAAAAUGGUACAGACUUGGAAUCCAUGAAGAUAUCCCAAGGAGUAAAUUGGAAAUGCACUUGUCUUCCCGGAUGGCAUGGAAACGAUUGUGGUAUACCUGAGGUGAUGUGGAGAGCCGUCAUAGCAAGUAAAAAGCCUUACAAAAUUAAAGGACCGAGAACAUUUGAACGGAGAUUGAUAUAUCUGUUCAAAGUCAAUAAAUUUUCAGAAUAUUUGGCAGAUAUGAGAAUUAAUGAUUUAGGAGAAGUAGUAGACCUUUUUAUUCUAUAUGAAGACGAAGAGUCAAAUUUUCUUCAAAACAAAUUAGACAGCAAUUUUUGUAAGGAAUACCAAAACAAAAUCCUGUAUAUCCAAGAUGAUGGUGAAAAUUUAUGGAAGAAGGUGAAAAACUAUUUAAAGAACAUAAGAAAUGAUGAUAUAAUUCUUUCAAGUGAUAUAAAUGAACUGCCUAACAAAGAUGCUCUAGUUUUCUUAAAAUUCCACGAUCAUUGGCCACAGCCUAUAAAAUUUAGAUAUCGAUGGUCUGUUUUUGGAUUUUUCUGGAAACACCCUGGUAAAACCAUCACAGGAGGAGGUGCAUCAACUGUCUCAUUUCUCAAGGAAUCCUUUAAUAAUAAAGUUAAGCUACUUACAGAUAACAAAACACUUUCUAGUCCAGCAUAUAAAGGUCUAACCUUGGGAGAUCUAAACCAUUUUGGGGGAUGGUACUGUGAAUACUGCAAUGAUCCUGCCAAAAUUGUAGAGUUUUUAGCGACUAAGCCGAAAAAUGUGAUAAACUGGGAUAAAAUAGAUCACCAAAAAGUAGAUAAUAGUUAUAUAGAAGAUCUUAUUGAGAACGGAGUGUAUAUAGAUGGGAAAACCGAGCUUACAAGAGCACACAAGUACCAGGAUAAUUAUUUUGCACCUAAAUUUGUACUGGAACACGACUGGAAGUAUGAUUUUCUACUUAUUAAUUUUUAUUCAAAGGCAGAUUAUUAUGAUAUUUAAUUAUCAUUUUGUUUGAAUCUGUUAGUCCAUUCACUCACGGUAAAAUAGUGCAAAACCUCCGAAUUUUAAAGAAUCGCUUGGAUUGACAUGAAAUUUAGCUAACAUAUGUUAGCUAUGUGUAUGCCAAAUUGCAUGUCAAUCCUGAUGGUGGUUCUUUAAAAUUCUUUAAAAUUUAGGUGGUUCUUUAAAAUCCGGAGCAAAACCCGUGAAUAAAUGGACUAUGUUUAUAUAGGUUUAAGAGCAACUUGAUAAGCUGAAUUUUUUAUGACUUUCAUUCACUUACAGUCACAUUGCAUAAACCUAGUGGUGCUUUCCAAAUGCCUUGGCAUUUAUCAAUAUAGUACUUAUGCCUAGCUUCUGACAUUGUUUUUUUUUUAAUUCUAAGAUAUAUUUUUUAGUUGUUUGUUUAAUUUGAAAUAUUUAAAAGAACACUGGUCAAAAAGAAAAAAUAUGUUAAGGAAACCAGUAAACUUGUAUUUUGAUUUCUAUAUAUCUUCCAAAAAGACUGGAUUUAGUAUAAAAUAAUUAUUAAAACAUUUCUGAAUUAUUUCAGUUAAGUAGUAUUAUAUAACAUAAAUAAUGUGACUGUGUGUGUUGUCUUAGACUGACAAUCGUAACAAUGACAAUUUUUCCAAAGUAUUAUUUACUAAUUCCUAUAUUUUGAGGUUGAUUAUUUUGUUCCUAGUGUAAGAAUUACCACAAUUAUAUUGUUUUGUACCAGUUGGUAUUCCUAAGGUUACUAGUAGUAUUAACAUAAUGUAACAUAGUAUUAUUAGGCAAUAAAUAUAUCAGGAAAAACUUGGGUUUUUACCUUGAAUCCAAUAUCAAUAAAUUGCAGUUUAUUCCCAUAUCAAUAAUAUUUAACAGUUGAAGUUUUUUUCUAAUAACAUCAUAACAUAGGGUGAUCCAUUUAAGAAAAUUAAUACAUUACCUGCGGGACGAGAUCUAUUUGGCCCCGUCAAAGUUCUUCGUAUAUGGCGGAAUCAAUUUUUAUAAGACUUCAAAUAUGGCCAGAAACUUUCUAGAGUACUUGGCAGAAAAUACAAACAAUUCUUCGUAGACAUUUUUUGUUAACAAAAACAAAGACCUGCAGUUUGUCCGUGAGGGUUUUUGUCACUUUCCAGGUUUCACUUCCAUAGAAAUCAGACAUGAAAUUUGACUGGAAUAUUUGGAUCUUUGUCCUUGUAGUACACUCGCCAGGCCUCCAAACAGGGUUGAGCAUGCUGAAUGCUUGUUGAGCUUUUCAUAUCCUCAUACAAAUAUUGUCUCUUGUCCUCUUGUACAUCCGUUUUCUAUUAUGACACUUCUAAGAUACGUAAAGCUUUCCACAUUUUCAAUCUGCAUGUUGUUGAUAGUAAAUAAUGUGUUGUUCUCUGCAUUUAUUCUCAUGGACUCGGUUUUACUAAUAUUUAUUUUCGAACCGAUUAUAUUGACUGCAGUGGAAAGUGUUUGGAAAACAAUAAUUUAGGUUAUGUAUAUGUCAGUUUAUGCAAGCGGCUAAAGCAUAUACAGUAGUCUCUCUUUAUAACGAUUCCCUAUAUAACGAUAAUUUCUCUAUAACGAUGAAAAUACUCAUCGUUGUUUGGUUCGUCAUAAGGACAAUUAAUUUAUUAAUUCUUUCUCUAUACCGAUAUCGUUCUCUCUUUAUAGCGAUCUCUUUUUAGCGUUCAAUAGUCGAUGACCUCACUUUUCAAGAAACAACUGAUAACCUUUUGCGUUUGGCCGACAACUAAACCGUGCGAAUUUUACCAAUUAAAGAUAACACUUAAUAGGGACAGAGGGAAUAAGUAACAAUCCUCUUGCGUAGGUGUAGCUUGAUAAAAAUGGAUUAGUAAGUGAUGCAUUUUGUUGACCACUGUAUAACAUUUAGCAAAAAUUUGGUGGUUCAAAUUGCAAUCCUGUGUACAGAAAGUUGAGGAACAUGCUUUUAUCGUUCGGGCGGUGUGCCUUAUUGUUUUCACACAGAUGUUGUCAUCUAUUGAUGACUUCUCACUUCCAGUUUUGGUUGUAUCUCAGUCUGUGAACAGUCGACAUGUUUUCGAAGAAGCGUAAAGUACUCUCGGUUGAAGUACUUUACGUAUUAUUAAAAGUUAACCUAUUUUAAAUUAAAAUAUGUUAUUUAGUACAGUAUAAUUAUUAUUACAUUAACGAAUUUUGUCUCUCUAACGAUCUCUCCUGUUCCUUGCAAAUCGUUAUAGAGAGAGAGGACUGUACGUAUAUAUUAACCCAUAUGCAGCCGAUCACGCGCCAGCGCGUGAUGUGGUUACUUCAGUCAGGUGCCGUUCACGCGCCAGCGAGUUAUACAGUUACUUCAGUUAGGUGCCGUUCAACAAAAUGGCUCCUAACUGAGUUCCAUCCUCUUCGAUCGGCAGCGAAUGGAUUAACAUAGACUGAGCCUACCCCCGCGCUUGACGACAAUAUCUCUUGACAGGUUUGCGGUAUCUCUUUCUAGCACAUUGUAUUAAGAAACUAAAAUGAAACUAAGUGGGAGUAUUGACACAGAAUACAGAAGGGGAGGACUACUGUCGCAGCUUUACUAUGCGUAAGAGUGAAACAGCAUUGAGCAAAAAAAAGAUGGUCUGCACUUCGCUCAACAUGACACUCUGUCUAUGUUAAUAUAUAUGUUUAUGAGCUAAAGUCCCGCUCUGCGUGCUUUUUAUUGCACAGACCAACGCAUUAUAUUAGUGCUAUCAGUAUAAUUUUAAGAAUACCAAUAAAAAAGAAAUUUUAAAUUUGAUUUUAUGUAAUCAUGUGGAUUUAGUUUUAGAGGUAUGUUGCAGCUUUUUCACAUAUCAGUUUUAAGUUAUGUUAUGUUAUUUAUGUUUGAUUGCUUUUCAAUUAGUGUAUUUAGAGACUGUUGUUGGUUUUGCAAUAAUUUCUUAGGUUGUGUGGUAAAGUAACAUGUAAGUAUGUAACCCUUUUAUGAGUUAUGUUAAAGUUGAUGGAUUUUAAAUAAUAUCUCCGUUUUAUAUAUUACAUAUGUAAAAAACCAAACGACUAUUACAUCAAGUUUUAAAAAUAUAAAUUCUGGAAAUACUAUAUAGAUUUGAAAGUAAAAGCUUUCUAUUGUGUUUUCACUUUACCCAGUUGUGUUUUCUUAAUAUCAGGAAAUGUUCAACACACUGUGACUAUAAAUUUAUGAGACUGGAAAUUGUUUCGAUUUAGACUGAUUUCCCGAGAUUUUCAAUUAUCUCGUUUGUGGUAUAGGCAGUGUCGUUUUUGUAACAAUAUAGGUUCCGGUACGCAAUGUUCCGGGGGGUCUGGAAAGUGUUCAUAAGGGGGGCCAGGAAAGCUUUUUAAAUUUAGCCUCAAUGAGGGCGUUUUAAAGCUAUUUGGGAGCAACGAAAAAAUUCAGGAAUUUGUCUAUAAUGUAUUGUCUUUUUUUAUUUUUUGUCCCAAAAGGUACCGGUACGCCGUACCGGCGCGUACCGUCACAAAAACAGCACUGGGUAUAGGUAAUGGAUUUUGAUAAGAGCUAUGACCUUGAAAAUUGCACGUAAACUUGUGUACUAAAUCGGCAUGACUCAUAGCUCUUGUAAAAUUCCAAUACCUCUAAUACUGCUAAUCACAAUUAUCGUUUGUGCCUUUUUUUUCUAGUGUAUUAGCCACUUUGGUGUCUUUAUCUGAGUGUAACUGUGUUGGUCCUCUUUAGCCCCUUCUGAUGACCGUUUGUUGUUUCUUCCUCGAGAAUCUAUUUGUAACCGUCGUGUGCACUACACUAAGAGCAUGUGGGAAAAAGAGCUGUCACAGAGUAGAAAUCGGUGGAAAAAUUCAAUCAGAAAGGAUCUGGAGAAAAUAAGAGUGAGAUAGAAAGUAGUGGCACAGAAUUGACAAGAGUUAAAAGGCAAAAGUAAAUGCGGCAAAGAUUCACAAAGAAUUUUAAUGCCACUGAUAAUGAUGAUAAUAUGCACUCCAGGAUCUGUGGGAAUUGUUCAUAUUUUAAUCAUCGAUUCGUCUGGUAAUUUUUGGACUGAAGAACUUACAGCAGUAGUAGUAUGUAACCACUAGAACAUUGUUCGUAAAGGCAAAAGCAAGACAAAGUUAAUAAAAUUAAUUUAGAAUGCGCUCGCGCUGUUUAGGAUGGUGAUUCGAGUUAUUGUUUAAAUAACGCUCCAUCUGCGUUGGUUUUCGGGAUUCUAAAUUCGUAAUAAUGCAAACUGUUCUACGAGGAUUGAUCCAGAAGUAAGGUUCUUGCCAAUUUUACAAAUAGACAAUAUUGUUCAUUUUCAGAAAUUUACAUCGUUGGAAGGAAAAAAAAUUGCUCUAUUUUUCUACACAAUCGCCAUAUUUUUAUACGCAUUUUUGCAGACAGUGCUUCAUAUUCCGUAUCCCAAUGUCCGCCUCCAACCCGUUGAGGAAGUGUUUCAUCUCUUCCUUGACUUAGCUCCGCGUAAGUAUUCCUUUAACUUGAUCAACAAGUGAGUCACUAGGCGCGAGGAACUGUUAUGUAGGUGGAGCAUGAUUGUCCAUCCAAAGUGUGCCAAAAGUGACAUACACCUCUCUCAACUGCCGGUAUAUCCUGCGGUAAUUCAAGAAUUCCCGAGUCAACAUUAGCAAUUAUGUUCUCAAAUGGUAUUUUGCUUGUUGUUAUAGCAAAAUCUCCAUUCUGUGAACAAAACACUCACUUCUAACUGUUCCAGGUUAUGGUAGAAUUCUAAGUACCAUUACAGAUUGUUAAACUAACGGAACUAACACUCACACCCAUAUUUUUUAAGUUUGCACUGGAAUACAUUAUUUGUGAGUACCAGAUUAAUACAAGUGGAACAAUAUUUAACAAAUCUGGACAAGUGGUUGGAUAUGCAGACGGCAUUGACAUAAUCAGCUCCACAGAGUACUUGACAGAAGCUUUCAAAAAGCGAAAUGUAUGUGUGUAUGGUCGAAUUUCUCAUAUUAAGUUCAACUCGAGUUUAAGCUGAACUUCCAGUGAACCACAGUUAAACGUCAAAAACUGUAGUUCCCCAAAAGUCCAGGUUAAACUUGAGUUGAACUCGACAUGAGAAAUCGGCCCUAUAAGUCUGGUAACCAGACACCUAGGCUAAUAAUUAACAAUAUGGAGUUAAAAGGUGUGGACGACACAUUUACAUGCCAGGUUCGUUACUGACUAAGAACAACGUCAGCGAAAAAAUCAAAAGGAGAAUGGUCCUUGCCAAUAAGAGUGACUAUAGCCUGAGAAGACAAGUGGACUCAAAACUUCCAAGAAAAAUUAAACUGAUGUAAAAAAACAAUAAUAAGACCAGUUUUAACAUACAGAGAUCAAACGUGGUCACUACACAGAAUGGCCAAGAGCUGCAAGUGUUUCAUACGAGAAUAUAUGUGGGAAUAUAAGAUUAUAAGAAGAAUAUUGGGGACUAAAAGAGCAGGUUUUAGGGCGUAAACGCCACAGAGUUAUAUAGAAGCUUUCGGGAAGCUAAUGUUGUAAAAUUUAUUAAGGUAGCACACUUUAGAUGGAGGGAGAGAGGUGCGACGGUGAGAAAAGUAUGUGACUGAAGAAGACCAGUGGGGCGAAAUACUAGAGGUAGACCGAAACUUAGGUACCUAUACAACUUGGGAGACUUCCAGAAAGAAAGGAUCGAGAAAAGUUGCUAGAUCUAUACAGGAUGGAAUGCGGUAUGAGGGAACGUUCUAAAGAAGGCUUUGGCUCAUAGAGAGCUGUGGUUCCAAUGACGAUGAUGAUUCACUUCUAAUGUUAAAGUUCCCAUUUUUUUUUGUUUCUGUGAUGAAGAUAUUAUACCUUCAUAAUUUUGAUAUUUAUGAUACUCUAGUCUAACUGUAGGUUAAAUGCCUGUUUAGAGCAUGAGUUUCGUAUCUGUUUAGGCCAAUUCUCGACUGAGUUGAGACUUAACCAAUGAGACAUGUUUCGGAUUGGUUACUAUGUUUAAUAGCCCCACGAGAACUCGUUCCUGUUCCAGUUUCGAUCCAGUAAAUUUGACUACUUUUUAAAAUUUAUAACAAUUACAGCAUAUUUUAUCUUACAUUUGCGAAGUGCCAAUAAUAUGUUUGCGAUAAAAAAUAUUUUUAUAAUCGGUGUGAUAUGAGAAUUUAAAUGUCCAUCAACUGCUCAUUUUUAGUUUAUAUUGUGUUCCUAUGCGCUUUCUUGUUGCUUAUUAUAAUCCCAAUUGCAAAUGAAGUGGUUAUUUUUGUGAUAUUUACAAACUAACAAUUCUUGUGUGUCUAUUAUAUUGUUAUACUAGCCAAAUAUUUACUAACUGUUAAUUUUAAUUCAUUCGUAACUCAACGCCAAUGUGAACAAAAUGAAAAAAAUAUAUAUAUACAAUCUUC